AUGAUCAUUUUUUUUAAAAAAAAACAUUUUUACAUGCUAUUACUUACUAUAAAUAUAUUAUUUUUAAUUAUUAUCAAAAAAAUAAAUGAUAUAAAAUAUAAUGCUUAUGAAACAAAAUUACUACCAAAAAUAGGUGUUUUAAACAAUCCUAAAGCAAAUUAUGAAAAUUUAACUUUUAAUAAUUAUUCUCCAGUUAUUUUUAUUGGUGGUGUUCCAAGAUCAGGUACUACAUUAAUGCGUUCAAUGCUAGAUGCACAUCCAUUAGUUAGAUGUGGACAAGAAACAAGGAUAAUUCCAAGAAUUUUAUUUAUUCGUAACCGUUGGAGAUUUGAUAAUAUUGAAUGGAAAAGAAUAUUAAAAGCUGGUAUAACAGAUGAAAUACUUGAUGCUGCUAUUACAUCAUUUAUAAAUAAUAUUAUGGUAGGUCAUGGAGAAAUGGCUGAAAGACUUUGUAAUAAAGAUCCAUAUACAUUAAAAAAUGCUGUUUAUCUUUCUAAAUUAUAUCCUAAUUCUAAAUUUAUAUUAAUGGUUAGAGAUGGUCGAGCAACAGUUUACUCAAUUAUGACAAGAAAAGUUACUAUUACAGGUUUUAAUUUAGCAAAUUAUACGCAAUGUAUCCAACAAUGGAAUUUUGUAAUUAAUGCUAUGUAUAAUGAAUGUAAAACUAUUGGUAAAGAAAGAUGCAUGGUAGUUUAUUAUGAACAAUUGAUUUUACAUCCCCGUAAAACAAUGGAAAAUGUAUUAAAUUUUCUAGAUCUUCCAUGGAAUGAGACAGUUCUUAAUCAUGAAAAAUAUAUUGGUAAAAAAAUAUUAUUAUCAAAUUUAGAAAGAAGUUCAGAUCAAGUUAUCAAACCAGUAAAUCUGGAUGCUUUAACAAAAUGGGUUGGAAAUGUCCCAGCAUAUGCUCUACAUAACAUGGCAACACUUGCUCCAAUGUUAAAAUUUCUAGGAUAUGAUCCUGAAGGAAAUCCACCAUACUAUGGUUCACCAGAUAAAGAUGUAUUAAAAAAAACAGAAGAUAUACAUCUUCAUGAAAAAAAAUGGUAUAAUAAAGCUAUCAAAGUUGCAUAUAAUGCUUAUGAAGUUCAAAAGCCAAAAGACAUAUAA